AUGGCGCACAUGUCGCAUAUGAUGCCACAGUCUUCUACAUCUUCGGGAAGCUCCUCUCGCACCAUGUCCUUGAUGGAGAAACAAAAAUACAUCGAGGACUAUGAUUUUCCAUAUUGCGAUGAGAGCAGCAAAUACGAAAAAGUGGCCAAAAUAGGUCAAGGCACAUUCGGGGAGGUGUUCAAGGCUCGAGAAAAAAAAAGCAACAAGAAAUUUGUUGCUAUGAAAAAGGUGCUAAUGGACAACGAAAAGGAGGGUUUUCCCAUCACAGCACUGCGCGAGAUUCGCAUCUUGCAGCUGUUAAAACACGAGAAUGUUGUAAAUCUCAUUGAAAUCUGCCGUACUAAGGCAACAGCCACCAACGGCUACAGGUCCACAUUUUACUUGGUCUUUGACUUUUGCGAACAUGACUUGGCUGGCUUGCUUUCCAAUAUGAAUGUCAAAUUUAGCCUGGGUGAAAUCAAGAAGGUUAUGCAGCAGCUGCUUAAUGGCCUAUACUAUAUACAUAGCAACAAGAUAUUGCAUCGAGAUAUGAAGGCGGCCAAUGUACUGAUUACCAAACACGGUAUAUUAAAACUAGCUGAUUUUGGUCUGGCACGAGCCUUUAGCAUUCCGAAAAAUGAUUCCAAGAAUCGUUAUACAAAUCGCGUGGUCACAUUAUGGUAUCGUCCUCCCGAACUGCUGCUUGGGGACCGCAACUAUGGACCCCCAGUGGAUAUGUGGGGGGCCGGCUGCAUUAUGGCCGAAAUGUGGACACGUUCGCCUAUUAUGCAGGGUAACACAGAGCAACAGCAGUUAACAUUCAUUUCACAACUGUGCGGUUCAUUUACUCCCGACGUUUGGCCAGGCGUCGAAGAACUAGAACUAUACAAGUCUAUUGAGCUGCCUAAGAAUCAGAAGAGGCGUGUAAAGGAAAGACUGCGACCAUAUGUUAAAGAUCCAACCGGCUGCGAUUUGCUUGACAAGCUGUUAACUUUGGAUCCGAAAAAACGCAUUGAUGCUGACACUGCCCUGAAUCAUGAUUUUUUUUGGACUGACCCCAUGCCGAGUGACUUAAGUAAAAUGUUGUCCCAACAUCUCCAAAGCAUGUUUGAGUAUUUAGCGCAGCCCAGGCGUAGUAAUCAAAUGCGCAAUUAUCAUCAGCAGUUGACUACCAUGAACCAGAAGCCACAGGACACCAGCAUGAUUGAUAGGGUCUAUUAGAUUUUAAGCUUAGGUACACUAUUAUAUUACUACAUAUUUUGUAAUUUCAUUUGUUAGCUUUAUACAAGCUACAUUUUCUUGUCAACUGCAUAGUUGUGUCAUUAAUUAAAACUAAAUAUUAUACAACAG